AUUAAUUACGAUUAAUUAAUUUUUAAGCUGUAAUUAACUCGAUUAAAAAUGUUAAUCGUUUGACAGCCCGACAUAUCAUGUGAAGACAAAGAAUGGGGCCGAAGUGUCUGCAGCAGACGAGAAAAACAACACCGGAGAUGCAUUUUCUAGACAAGCUUCCUCUUGUGAACUCCGGCCAUCAGACUCAUUUAGGGGAAUAGUAGAAGUGGGAGGAGGAAGCUGAGCCGGCGUUUAGUGAGAGAGGGGUGACGAAUAGUAACUCCGCCAGUCGCGAGUAGCCUCGCGAGCACUGAAGUCACUUUUGGAGGCGCUGGUUUUUGAGGUGUAUCUGCCGGCGCGUGGAGGAGCAGCCAUCACAUGGAUGCCUUGAUUUUAAGAUAGUUGGAGAGUCGUCGCUUUCUCUACCUCUCGGACUGGACUGCUGUGCAUUGACUUCGUCUCGCCCUCCCCUGCCCCCUCGACCCCCAGCGAUGGCCUCACGCAUUGGUCUGCGUAUGCAGCUGAUGCGGGACCAGCUGCAACAGGAGGAGCAGCGCGAGCGGCAGCGGCAGCAAAAUGCUGCACUGCAAUACAUGCAGCACCGCAUGGGCGGACCGCCUGCCCCGACUGCGGCCAUUAGCGCCCCCCAGAACUACCAAAAUAUGCAGGUGCCCGUGGAGGUUCUUAAGGUACAGACCCACCUUGAGAAUCCUACAGACUACCACAUACGUCAGUCUCGGAGGCAGCAGGUGAAAGAGUACCUCUCCACCACCUUUGCAACAAAACAGGCGGUUCACGCCGUAGCAGGGCCAGUGCCAGCGUCUCCCCCUGCUGCCGUCGGGCCCACCGGGGGUUCUGCGUCUCUACCCCCGCCCCUGCACUCUCCGCACAAGCGUGCCGAGCAACUCAUGAGUGGAAACAGUGCACCCAACAGCCCAAUGGCCAUGCUGAACAUCGGCUCCGGCCAUGAGCAAGAGAUGGAUGAAGUUAUUGAUGACAUCAUCAGCAUGCAGUCCAGUUACGAUGACGUUCAGGCCUACAUAGACCCCAUCCAGAUGCCAAACACACUCCCUCUGUCCAGCAGCCACUUGGAUGUAUACACAGGUCCAGGAAUGAAGGGCCCAGCCAUUGCAAUGACCAGCAACUCCUGUCCUGCCAAUUUGACCAUCAAACGAGAAAUUUCAGACGCAGAAGCCCGUGCCCUGGCCAAAGAGAGGCAGAAGAAAGAUAACCACAAUCUCAUCGAAAGAAGACGGAGGUUCAACAUCAAUGAUCGUAUUAAAGAGCUUGGCGCGAUGAUUCCCAAAACCAAUGAUCUUGAUGUUCGUUGGAAUAAGGGCACCAUCCUUAGAGCGUCUGUGGACUACAUCAAACGGAUGCAGAAGGACGUACAGAGGACCAGAGAGGUGGAGACUAACUUCAAAAGGAUGGAAAUGGCCAACAAACAGUUGAUGCUUCGGAUUCAGGAGUUGGAGAUGCAAGCUCAUCUGCACGGCCUACCCAGCAACUCACCAUCUGGCCUGAACCCAGUAGACGUGUUGUCCUCGUAUAUAAAACAAGAAACCAGCCCCGAGGAGAACCUUUCCCACACUCAGGCACACCACCACCUAAACCAGAAUCAUGCUCCACCUCAGCAGCACCAAUUCCUCCCGCAGACCCACCUGCACCCUCCGAGCCAGGCUCCGCCUCCACAUCCUCGGCAGCUGACCGUGCUUCCUCAGCACCUGCAGACCCAGCCGCCCAUCCAGUACCCGGCCGUGGGCAGCUCCCAGCCCUUUGACUUUGCCCAGUCGCUAGACUUGUGCGACGGGAUGCAGGCGUUCUCCGACGGCAUGUCGGGCUUGGGCGAUCUAGGAGGACUGGAUUUGCAGGGCCGGAGAAGCGAUAUGAGUUUCCUCAUGAUGGAGGAGCCUUUGUCCCCCAUGGGCGGGGACCCACUGCUCUCCACCAUGUCCCCUGAGGCCUCCGUCGACUCCAGCCGCAGAUCCAGCUUCAGCAUAGAGGACGGUGACAUCCUCUAGACACAUGUACGACCUCCGCACACUCCUCCACAGAUUUUUUUCAAAGUUUAGUACCAGUAUGAACAGCAUCACUGCAAUGACUGGAACGCGUUCGUCCCACGAUGCAUCCAGUUCAUGUCAACCCUGCUCGUACACACGCAAAACUGGAUAAAACAUGAACUGAGGAUCUGGAAACUUUAAAAGAAUACUUUUUUUUUCAAUUGGCUGAGGCCAGAGAGUUCAUGACGGUGGUGGUGAUUUUUCCUUUUUGUAAGUAGAUGUAAUAGAAUGACAACCUUGUAGAUUGUCCCGUUUGCCAAAUCCCCAUCAAUAAUGACAAGAUACCGAAAAUUCUGCACGUUUAAUUUCGUCCACGGUGAUGCUGAUCUAUCAUUUUUUUGUUUUCUACGUCUUGCACAGUUUAUCGUCACGAUGAGCACUAUGCGUUUGGUGUCAGCCAGGGGCCACUGUUAGCAUGCUAAACGUAGCAAACCUUGACCUGGCCACGUUUUAUGGGAGUGACUUUUCUAACCCUCACUUUAGGUGUCCUUUUCCCUCACAUACCCACCACGAGUGAUGCUUUCUACUCUGUUUCUGUUCGCAAGGGGAUUUGACACAAGUCAUCGAUAUCUAUCUUACUCAGGUACUUUCACGGAACUCACAAGCAAACAGGGUCAUUUGAAGUCAGUGCUGAUGGGAAUGUGAACCACGCCCAUGAUUUGAGAAACUUUUAAGGCCAGACUUCCUGGCUGCAAGCUUCUUUUCAAUGGUAGCAGCUUUUAAUAUAGUAUGGGGUGACAUUUAGUUCACACCUAGGUGGAAAAUACACGCAAUUGCAGUAUCUCCAGCACACAAAUGCACACACACACACACACUGUACAGUGCCCUCCAUAAUUAUUGGCACCCCUGGUUAAGAUGUGUUUUUUUAGCUUCUAAUAAUUUUUCAAAAAUUCAAAUAAUAUGGGACCUUAAAAGAGAAAAAUCCAACCUUCAAUACAAGUGCAUUUAUUUAGUGGGG